AUGACGGCAAUUCGAAAUAGUCCCGGGUUGGGUGGUGCCGCAGCACAAGCAGUGAAUGCGAUAACACCUAAUAGUCCGAAGGAUAGCAAAAACAGCGAGGAACGGAAAAAAAUGGUAGAUUCGGGUUCGGCUUCAGGCUCGGGCUCGGGUGCGAGCAGCAGCAAUGGGGGACGUAAAAGUCCAGGCAGUCGAGGCAUCGGCCAGCUCAACAGAAGCGCUUCCGUCAAAAGUAUGAACCCGCUGAAAAAGAUCUUUCAUCGGUCGCAAUCGCACCACGAGAGCGCGGAAAGGUCCAGACCGGAGCGCUCACCGCUCGGGUCGGACCAGAAGGUGCGCAACCGGAGCUCGAGCUUCUUGCAGCGGAUGCAUCCGCAGCACCACGCUGCGGGCGCAGCAGGUGCGGGUCAGCAGUCACAGUUGCAGCAUCGGGAGCAGUCACAGUUGCAGCAUCGGGAGCAGUCACAGUUGCAGCAUCGGGAGCAGUCACAGUUGCAGCAUCGGGAGCAGUCACAGUUGCAGCAUCGGGAGCUGUCAAAACAGCACUCGUCGCUAGUGUUGAACAAUGCCAAGUCGCACAAUGUGAAUCCGUUCAUAACGUCGCGCAAUAACGGGUUCGAGUCUCCAUUCAGCGCUCUGGGGCGCGGCACCGAUAUCGCCGCGCCGCGCCAGUCAUACAUGAACGCGUCGAACCCCAUGUCGCGUAAAACAUCGUCCAACGAGUCCAACAUGGUGUACAACCCCUACGGGACGCUCUCGAAAAACAACACAUCGAGCUCGCAGCACGACUUAUCUUUUUACAUGCAAGACGGCAAGGAGGAAUUGCCUCUGCUGCCCACACCGCUCAAGGAUCCCAACGAGUACCUUCCGGAGGGUUACAAGCAGUUUAGCGUGCAAUUGGCGGACAAUUUCUCAUACCCAGAAAGAAACUCCGCCGACGACUUAAAUCUUGGCUCGGGAGGUUCGAGUGACGUGCGUACUGUGCGGUCUGCAUUUCACAAGAAGGAGCUGUAUGCGCUGAAAAAAUUCAAGCUUCUUAGAGGCGAAAAAGCGGAACAUUUCUACAUGCGUUGUUCUAAAGAAUUUAUCAUGGCCAAAAGGCUGAGUAAGAGCCCACAUAUCGCCAAUACGUUCUAUUUGGUCAAAGUGUCAACUACAACCUUUAUGACCCGAGGUUGGGCUUUCAUCAUGGAGUACUGCCCAGGUGGUGAUUUGUACAGUCUGAUCAUACGACCUGAUUGGAAAAAAAGACUACUGAAGGAGAAGUUUGAGUACUGGAGGCAGAUUUUUGAGGGCAUAAAAUUUGUUCACAGCCAAGGCGUUGUCCAUCGGGAUAUAAAACCUGAAAAUGUUUUGAUCACGCAAGAUGGACUGGCCAAACUUACAGAUUUUGGUAUUUCGGAUUGGGGACAUGAAAACCCAGAUGAUUUGAGCAGUCCCAUAAAGUUAUUUGACAACUAUGUGGGAUCUCCUCCUUAUACAGCGCCCGAGGUGAUGUGCUUCAACGAUGAGAAUGCAACCAAGCAAGAUAAAAAACCCUACGAUGCUCAUAAGAUGGACCUUUGGGCUUUAGGGGUCAUGCUGUUCACAUUGGUGUAUCAGUCUACUCCCUUUAUGGAAGCUUACAAAACCGACUCUAGAUACAGGUCGUAUGUCCUGUCUUAUGAUAACUUUGUUGAUCACAACAAUCCGCAAUUCAAAAAGAAGGGAAACCAUAAGCCUGGACCAGGUAGUGAAUUUCAUUUUGGGCGAGAAUUUCAAAACACUGGUGCGUCUAGGGUUGCUUGGCGGCUUGCAGACCCGGAUAUCAAGACAAGGUACACAAUUGACGAUGUUAUUGCAGAUCCUUGGUGGAUUCAAAUUUCUGAAGGUUGUGUUGAGCCAGUGAACGCUAUACCCAAAGAACCAGAGCUGAGAAACUCCAGCUAUGACAGCAGUGUGGAUAAGUCGCAACCAACAAGCUCCCGUUCUACUACAAACUCGGAAGAGGAGCUCGUGAUGCAUACCUCGAAUCCUUUCUUGAAUCAAAAUCAAUCGAAAAACAAAUCAAAGUCUAUGUUAUCGAUUGCCGAGUCUCCACCUUCUGAGGGUAUUAUGACACAGGCUCGCGGCGGAGAGUCGCUUGCCACGCUAAAUGAGGAGAGGGCCGUAGAAGAGGAAGUGGACUCAAAAGCGGACCUCGUAAACGAGACGGAAAGGGCAACUACGGGCGAUUCUGUAGGCGAGGAGAGUAUGAGAAACCUUUCGAUACACGACUCGAAAGGAUAA